AUGCAGCUCGCGUCCUCGCCGCGGAAGCGCAAGGCGGCGGCCGCGAUGCCGUUUGACACGACGUCGCUCAAGUGCAGUGACAGCUUCCUGCAGUGGAGCAGUCUCCAAACCAUCAAGUCCAAGCGUGUGAAGGAGCUCGCGUACCUCAAGAAGCGGAUUUACGAGCUCGAGCGGGACCUCGUGCGUGCCCAGCGCUGCCACUCGACCGUGCUGCCGUGGGAAGAAGUCGCCAAGGCGCUCGCAGACGACACCCUGGACAAGGUCCGUGAGAACCGAACGCUUAAGUCGACCGUCGAGUACAACCGUCACAAAUACGCCUUCUUGCGCGAAUGGGUCCACGGCAUGACGCCACCCAAGCGCCACGUCAUUUCGACGUUUCACGAGUCGUGGCGGCACUCGCAUAUCUUUGACGGUGACGCGUCGAUGCGGAAAGCGGGCUACGAGUGGCUCACGACACACGUCUACCACAACACGAGUCGCGAGAUGGCGCGCGCGGCACCUUUUCCCGAGACGAAUGACGACUUUGUGCAUGCGGAUGUCACGUGCAACGACAACGUCAUGCACGUCGCGGUCACGUCGCAGCUCAUCGUGCCGUACCCGCUCGAGGCAACGGCGACAGCGCUUUGGGUCGCUGACCGCACGCUGCUCGGGUUUGUCUCGGAGGGCACCGUCGAGGAGCGCGCACCGAUCGCAGACAAUAUCGUCUACCAUCGCGAAGAGAUGGGUCCGGCGUCUGGUCAUAUUCGCGUCGCAGGCAACAUGCUCUAUGGCAAGUUUACCGCAUCACCCAACCGCGUCGUACUCGUCAAGCGCUCGAUUCUAAAGGACGACGCGCACCCGCUCGACUCGGACGUCUGGACGUGCGACGUCAAGCAAUGGUUCGCCAACUCGAUUGCGGUGAUCGUGGCCGACCGAGUGGACGACAACACGACGCGGUGUCGCAUGUACGACGUCACGGGUCAUCCGUGCACGGAGCGCGGGUACGUGCCGAUCCGCGAGCUCGCCAAGUGCUUUCGCUUGCAGGCGCGGGACGACGCCGAGGCCGCGGCCCUUCUCCGGCUACGCACGAUCGACAGCCAGCAGCACGAGCGUGUCCGGUUCGCCGAGCUCGUGCACAUGCUUCUCGAGCAACAGACGCUGACGGACGCCAUGGCAGCGCUCGACGAUGCGAGUUUCUAG